AAAUGAAAUCCAAGACUUAAUAACGAGCCACUCCUUCAUUAAAAGCAACACCCACGUGUCAUUAAAAAAAGGUGUGGCUUGCCGCUUGAGGUACUGCAGUCACAAUGUCUCUCUCAAUGUCUUUACCUCCUCCGACUGGUGACAGUAUGAAGUCUAUUGAAGGAAAGGUCGUUAUAUUAGGAGCACAAGGCGUAGGUAAGACUUCACUUGUCGUCAGAAACAUGGGAGGUGUGUUUUCUGACAAUAUCAGCCCAACCAUAGGAGCUGCUUUCUUCUCAUUACAAGUGACCCUGGCUGGUUAUAGAGUCAAGCUACAAGUAUGGGACACUGCAGGACAGGAAAAAUUCAGAUCGAUUGCUCCAAUGUAUUAUAGAAAAGCUAAUGCUGCUGUUAUUGUAUAUGAUGUUAAUAAUGAGAAAUCGUUUCAAGAGGCCAAAGAAUGGGUAAAAGGUGUUGGAAAAACAUCACUAGUGGUGAGGAAUAUGGGUGGAGUGUUUUCUGAGAAUGUCAGUCCAACGAUUGGUGCUUCUUUCUUUUCCUUACAAAUGAUUCUUGCUGGAUUUAGAAUCAAGUUGCAAGUUUGGGAUACAGCUGGACAGGAAAGGUUUAGAUCAAUGGCUCCAAUGUAUUAUAGAAAAGCAAAUGCAGCAAUGAUUGUGUAUGACAUAACUAAUGAAAAAACAUUCGAUGAAGCUAAAUUAUGGGUCAAUGAAGUACAGAGCAAGGUGGAUUUACCAAUGGCACUGAGUAUUGUUGGCAAUAAAACUGAUCUAUCUAAAAACAGACAAGUAUCUAUGAACAAAGGUACCACUUUUGCUCAUUCUCUUGGAGCAAUGUUCACAGAAACAUCAGCUGCAGAAAACAUUGGUGUCAAAGAAGCAUUUCUCAAAGUGGCCCAAGGAAUAACUGAGCUGUACAAUAAUAAUUUAUUAAUGUCCACUACAAUCAGUAGCUCAUUCCCAAUCAGUGCAACCACAUCACCUCUACCAGUACUAAAUGAAAAGGCACUAGCAGACAUAUACUUAUAUCAAACAGAUUCAAUAGGAACAAAUAAUGAUGAAGAAGAGAAAGUUAAGAAGUCAUCUUGGUGUUGCUGACAUCAUUUUUUAUUGUUUGUUUUUGUUUCAUUUUGUCACACUGCAAACAUUCUACGCAAAGCACAACAACAUUAUAAAUAUUAUGUAAAUAUAUUUCUGCUAUCUUUUAUUUUUAAAAAUAUUUGCCA